AUGCCCCAGUUAGAAAUGUAGACUGCGCCUUAGGGCUGGCAUCUACCCAUGCCUCCCCAAGCAGCUUCUACAACAUCUCUUCCAAAUUAAACUAAUUAGGUAUAGGGUCGCAAAUCAAAUAUUUAUAUAUUGGGACACACAGUCUGUAAACCGCUUUAGAAAUGUUGAAGUAUUGUUGUAACCUUAUUGUUUUUGUUUCGAGUAAUACCUGGCUGUCACAAACUCACUUCAAUGAAGAGAGAGAGGGGAAACAAGUUUGUUUCUUGGUGCAACCCUUUACACACACUCAUUGGACAGUGGAUGUAAUGAUGCAGAUUAUUGUAUAGCUGCUGGUAAUAGGUAUACUGGCCAUUAGUAUUGAAUUGGCUGUAGCAAAGUUGUGGGACUAGUUAUGGGUGGAAUCAAACCAGCCCCCCUAUGUUUUUAGAGCAGGUGCACUAAGCUCUGUACCAAUAGGAUUAAUUCACUUUGUGGUGGCCAUUGGAUGCUUACCGAUGGCAGUAUUCUUACCAAAUACAAUAUUCUUAUUGAUAGCUAUCCCUAGAGUUGGGGUCAUAAAAAUAGUCCCUGAAAAUGUGGGAAUUUGGAAUUUCAAUUCACGUCCUAAAUUGACUGAAUUAGAUUGGAAUUGUCACCCCAACAAUUAUGAUUAUGUCUUUAUUAUCUUGUCUGACUUGGAACCAGGAGGAGGACCUGCUGGGUAGUAUAUCAGACCUGCAGCAGGAGGUGUCCUGCAGAACCAACCGUAUCACAGACCUGGACCACGAGAUCCACUCCCUCAAUGAGACUAUCAGCACCCUCACCAGAGAGCUGGAGCUCAAGGGCAAGGAGGUGCUCCGAGUCCGCAGCGAGGCCAACCAGCAGAUCAGGUACUGGGACCCAUUAAACUGGCAUCUAUUUUCAGUGACCCCUGGAGUGAGGUAGUACCCAGGUCGUCCAAAUCUCUCAGUAUAUGUGGACCGUCAUGGUCUUAGAAAUGCUAGAUUGACAUGAAAAGUAGUCUUAUCUUUUUCAAGAGCCCACAUUAUCAUGUGAGGUGUGCUUUACUGUUUUUUCCCCAAUCACUUUGGUGCAUUUUUUUUUUAAAUGUAAGUGGUAUAGAUUUAAAACUCUAAGCACAAAAAUCUAAAGAAAUCAUCAAAAUGGCUCAUGUUUCAAAACUCUAAGCACAUUAUCAAUUGAGUGAGUACAACAAACAAUUUCACAAAGUCUCUUGUUCACUGCACCAAAUCACUCUUUCAAUUUGGAUACAUAUUCAAUCAAAGUAUCUUAUUUUCAAAAUGCAAUAUUCACUUUACUUUUGAUAUGAUUUUCUUGUCAUUUGUUAACAAUACAAUGAACUAUCACUUAAUCAAACUGCUCAAAACGGAUAACUACUGAACCUAAAUUAUGUAGUGCCUAGUUAAUGUACACCUUCCUAAUAUGGAGUUGCACCCCCUUUUGCCCUCGGAACCGUCUCAAUUUGUCGGACAUGGACUCUACAAGGUGUCGAAAGCAUUCCACAGGGAUGCUGGCCCAUGGUGACUCCAAUGCUUCCCACAGUUGUGUCAAGUUGGCUGGAUGUCCUUUGGGUGGUGGACCAUUGUUGAUACACACAGGAAACUGUUGAGGCUUAAAAAUCCUUCUUUAACCUGCAUCCUCCCCUUCAUCUACACUGAUUGAAGUGGAUUUAACAGGUGACAUCAAUAAGGGGUCAUAGUUUGAACACUGUUAAAGUCAAUAUUUUUACUUCAUAAAUGUAUCAAUUUGACAUCAAUUUACUAUUUUCUUCUAUCGCUUUGGUACUAUUUUCACUAUGUGGUACAACUCUUAGUACAAAACUCCAAACUGGCCAGUCUUUCUUUCAAAACCUGUCAUUGUGCAUUCAUUUGGAUUGUAAACAUAUCUCACCACACAACCAUUGAUUCAAAAUAUAUGUUUAUUGUGAAAUGUAAUGAGAUCAUUGGUUUAAUCACCAAAACACAACAUAAUGAUAUCGUUUCAAUUUAGUCAUUUUAACUACCAGUUAAUCCAAAAGCAACAAUGCAAAACACACUACUGGUCAAAAGUUUUAGAACACCUACUCACUCAAGGGUUUUUCUUUAUUUUGUACUAUUUUCUACAUUGUAGAAUAAUAGUGAAGACAUCAAAACUAUGAAAUAACACAUAUGGAAUCAUGUAGUAACCAAAAAAGUGUUAAACAAAUCAAAAUAUAUUUUAUAUUUGAGGUUCUUCAAAGUAGCUGCACACUGGAAAAAGCUUUUGGCAUGGCGAAUCCAAGCUUGACAUUGGUCUGCAUUGAUGUCGUCGCAUGCCUCAUCCAUGGCCAGAGGGAGGGUGGCACGCUCAUGGGGAUGGCGAUCGUACACCUUCCACCUCCAUGCUGAUUUUUUUUUUUUACAGUAUAGAUUCAAUAUGAUAUUGUGAAGUAGCAUGUGCAUCAAAUAGUAACAGUAAUACAGUAAUGAGUGCUCUACCUGAACAUACUCGGCUCGCAGUUGUUUCUCCCGGUUGUUGUUUCUCUCAAAAGGCACCAGGUAAAUGUGGUUAAUAGAUACCUGGAGCCUCUUCAAAAGGCAGGCGAUUGUUGGUAGGCUGAUGGAUGCCACAUUGGCAAAGGGUUCAUCGUUCUCCUCAAUGGCCUGCUUUAUUUCAGACAGCCGUAUGUCAUUCCUGGCCCUCACCAUUUCCACCACUGCCCACUCCUGCUGGUCGGUCAGCACACGGCCUUGGCCACCACCAUGGGGUCGUCUGUAAAUUCUGAGGGUAGAACAGAGUAUACUGUCAAUAGAUCAUACUAUAAGAAUACUGUAACAUGUUUUAUGAAUUUACAUGCAUUACAAUAUGUAAUUUACUGUAAAUGUCAUGGUAAAGCAUAGUGCAUAUCCUGCAGACUUACCAGUUUUCUUGGCGAAAUGUCCUCAGUAUAAAAUUGACAGUUGAUCUUUUCUGAUUGGGGUGAACUAAAAGGCCUCUGUUUACCACAGAUAUUAAACAGAUAACAUUACACGUUAUGGAACAGCGGGGACUGUGAAGAAACACAAACAUAGGCACAGACACAUGCAUACACACACACACAAUAACAUACGCACUAUACACACACGUACACAUGGAUUUUGUGUUGUAGAUAUGUGGUAGUAGAAUAGGGGCCUGAGGGCACACACUUAAUGUGUUUUAAAAUCUGUUGUGAAUGUAUCGCAAUGUUUUUAAAAUUGCAUAACUGCCUUAAUUUUGCUGGACCCCAGGAAGUAGCUGCUGCCUUCGCAGCAGCUAAUGGGGAUGCAUAAUAAAUACAAAUACAAAAAUACAUGGUCAACGACGAUGGCCCGGACUUCAUUAGACAGAACAGUUGCCUGCCUCCCUUUCUCUGAUGUCCACCUCUUUGACAAGGCCAAUGCCCAUCUCUUUGACAGGGCCCAUACCCACCUCUCUGACGGGCUCCUAGACCACGAGCUCUUCGAUUUCUUUCUCUCUCUUUCUGUCUAUCCUGCUCCAGUGUUCACACAUCCUCUUUUAUAUGGUGACCAAUUGUGGUUACCACUAUGUGAAAUCAAUUACAAAUAACGAGUAGUCAUUAUGUAUGGUUAUCAUGUGUCAUACAUGUAAUUUAGAUGUUUAUACUUUACAAACACACAUUUUAUCUCUGUAGUUCUCAAAAUCCAUAUAUAGUAGACAAACCAGUUUAAAAUCUAUAGGUUUACCAAAUGGUUAACUGAUUAACCAUUAAGCGCAGUUGGAUUAAGUGAUGGUCAAAUGUAUUUAAACAAAUGAGAAGAGAAUCAUAUGAAAAGUAUUGUGAGCAUUGCAUUGUGGAAGGCAAUUACAUUAUAUGAAAGGUAUUUAUAGAUGAAACACUGAUUAGGUCUGGUGAAAAAGUUACUAUGUGAUGUUGUGUGUUGUACUUAGUCAAAUGAAAAUGUGCUUAAAGUUGAGAAAAAAAUGCCUUUUUGAUUAUCUGUUUUGAGUUUUGUACUAAGAGUUGUGAAAUUUGACAUUAUACUUGUGAAAAUAGUACCAAAGCAAUAAAAAAACACCUGUAUUUUGAAAGGUAAAACCAAAUCAUAUAUGGAUGUGGCUGUAAAUACCACAUCAUCAUUCUCCAUCAGCCAGUAUGCUUCAAUAGUACAAAAUGGAAAGAGUCACUCUACAGUAUGUGUUACCAUUUGGAAUUGUUGUGUACAAUGCACUGGUAAAAUACAUGGGUUGUAUAUAACAAUAUGUUCCACUCAUAAUCUGAAUUUCAUUUAUACACUUUAAGCUGAUGAAUUUCAAGCAGAGAGACCGGCGAUACUGUACCAGUUGGCAAGUUGCGUAGAAAAGGUGAUCUUGUACAAUGUUGGGGCAGAAAUGGGGCAGAAAUGGCAUACAACACCAUGCUACGUUUUUACAGUAGGCAACUGUUUUACAAUACCCCUAUUUAAGUUUACAGCAAACCAAUGUUUGAAUCAUUUGUAAUCAUUUUCGUUAUGAUGCGCCGCACAUGCUGGAACAAAUUGCAGAUCUCAUUGAAAUCGGAUGUUCUGGUGCUGCUCAGGCAGUUUAGGGUAUUGAUUGAAAACCUGGUAGCUGAGAGAUGUAGAUGUUAUCUAUGAUUGUAUUUUAGAUUUGUGUAUUUUUGUGUAUUUUAACUGUUGCCUGUCUUCUAUAAAAUGUGUAAAUUGUAAAAUGCAGGGCUCCCUUGUAAAAGAGACCUUGGUCUCAAUGGGACUCCCUGUUGAAAUAAUGGUAAAAAUUUAAAUAAAAAAUCCUACCGUAGGUAGGUUUGGAGCAUGAUGAGAAACAUGUCUGUCUUACAGUUGCAGUAUCCUUAAAUGUAUAAUAAAUCAUCAGAUAAAGGGGUAGAAUGUAUUGUAAACCAGUAGCCUACAGUAAAAUGCUAUUGGUGUAUUUGGAUCUACUUAAUUCAUUUUUUGUCAGUAGUUACACCUAAUGGAAACAGGUAAUUUUUUAUAUGAAAUUAUUAAUACAGAUCUACUUAAUUGAAUUGUGUUAUCGAAACACUAUUGAAUUGACAAAUAAUAGUUAGAAAUGAUUAUGUCAGAUUGACUAAAUGUAUUCAGGUAAACAUGUUUCAACUCAAUUAGAGCAAGUACUGUACCUCCAAAAUGACACAAUUGUGUCAGUUCUAGCUCUUUGAGUUGCAUUCAUCCUAACUACUAAAUGAAAAAAGCACUUUACAUUAAAAGGUUUUAUUUCUGAUUAACAAUGGUAUAGUGGAGAUUCAGUAGGGAGCUUUGUGCUCCCAUCUGCUUCUUGCUCAUCCAUGAGCUUCUCCACCAGCUAACCAACAGACCAGUUUAAAUACAAUGACAUCCUCAUUGUUACAUAAACUUUUUACAUGUGGUUGUUUAUCUACCUUAGUUGAAUGCACUGACUGAAUUACCAAAAUGUAAAUGUACGAAUGUAAGGUUGCAAAGUAUGCUGGGUAUUAUUCUAAUGAGCUCUGCCCCCCAAAAAGAAUUGGUAAAGUUAGCUUUUUUCUUUCGCAUUGGUGCGAUUUUGGAUCGAACCCACAACUCUGGUCUUGCUAGUGCCAUGCUCUUAUGAACUAAGCCACGUACAAGACAACUAUAAUACAUAAGUACAAUACAAGACUGUUAAAAACAAUACACAAUUGCAAUACAGGUGGAAGAUGUAUGAUUGCCAUCCCCAUGAGUGUACCACCCUCCUUCAGGCCAUGGAUGAGGCAUGCAAUGACAUCAAUCCAGACCUAUGUCAGGCUUGAAUUCGCCAAGCCAAAAGGCUUUACCCCAGGUGCAUGAACAAUGAGGACAUUUACUGCGAUGUCGAUGAGAACCUAUGGCCAAAUGCUCAAGACAGGCUUGAUGGAAACUACUGCCUGCUAAACAUGAUAUUUAUUUCAUUUAUUUCAUUCGAUUACAUUGUGAAAUAUGUCUUCAAUGAUCACACCUUUGAUCACACAAGGGAUAGAAAUUAUGGAAGUUACCAAAAUUUAAGGGCAGCCAAAAUAUUUUGGGGGAGUGUAGUGUAUUCCAUUUCUGCCCCAUGCAACAUUGCACAAUAUCACUUUUUCUAUAUGACUUGUCAACUAAUAUAGUAUCACCUGUCUCUCUGCUUGACAAAAUUAAUCAGCUUACAGCGUAUCAAUGAAAUGCUGAUAAUUAGUGAAAUAUAUUACUAUAUACUGUACAACCCAGGUAUUUCAGCAGUGCAUUGUACAUUACACUAUAAUUCCCAAUGGUAUCACAUAGAGUGACUCUUUCCACUUUGUCCUAUUGAAGCACACUGACUGAUGGAGGAGGAUUAUUAAGUAUUUACAGCCACAUCCACAUAUAAUUUGGUUUUACCUUCCAACAUAAAUUGUUGUAUAUUGAUACAUUUAAGAUGUCAAAAUAUAGAAUUGUACAGUGUUCAGCAGUUCUCAAACUACACUACAUGACCAAAAGUAUGUGGACACCUCCUCGUCGAACAUCUAAUUCCAAAAUCAUGGGCAAUAAUAUGGGGUUGGUCCCCACUUUGCUGCUACAACAGCCUCCUCUCUUCUGGGAAGACUUUCCACUAGAUGUUGGAACAUUGCUGUGGGGACUUGCUUCCAUUCAGCCACAAGAGCAUUAAUGAGGUCGGGCACUGAUGUAGGUCAAAUUCAACCCAAAGGUGUUCAAUAGGGUUGAGGUCAGGGCUCUGUGUAGGCCAGUGAAGUUGUUCCACACCGAUCUCGACAAAUCAUUUCUGUAUGGACCUCGCUUUGCGCACGGGGGCAUUGUCAUGCUGAAACAGGAAAGGGCCUUUCCCAAACUGUUGCCACAAAGUUGGAAGCAUAGAAUCGUCUAGAAUGUCAUUGUAUGCUGUAGUGUUAACAUUUCCCUUCACUGGAACUAAAGGGCCUAGCCCGAACCAUGGAAAAACAGCCCCAAACCAUUAUUCCUCCUCCACCAAACAUAACAGUUGGCACUAUGCAUUGGGGCAGGUAGCAUUCUCCAUUGGGGACACACAAUGCAAAUAGUCUGGGUAGCCAGUUGAUUACCUGUUCAUGAGUCUUAUGGCUUGGGGGUAGAAGCUGUUAAGAAGCCUUUUGGACCUAGACUUGGCGAUCCGGUAUCGCUUGCCAUGCAGUAGCAGAGAGAACAGUCUAUGACUAGGGGGGCUGGAGUCUUUGACAAUUUUUAGGGCCUUCCUCUGACACCGCCUGGUAUAAAGGUCCUGGAUGGCAGGAAGCUUGGCCCCAGUGAUGUUCUGGGCUGUACGCACUACCCUCUGUAGUUCCUUGCGGUCGGAGGCCGAGCAGUUGCCAUACCAGGCAGUGAUGCAACCAGUCAGGAUGCUCUCGAUGGUGCAGCUGUAGAACCUUUUGAGGAUCUGAGGACGCAUGCCACAUUUUUCCCGUCUCCUGAGGGGGAAUAGGCUUUGUCGUGCCCUCUUCACGACUUUCUUGGUGUGUUUGGACCAUGAUAGUUUGUUGGUGAUGUGGACAACUUGAAGCUCUCAACCUGCUCCACAACAGCCCCGUCGAUGAGAAUGGGGGCGUGCUCGGUCCUCUUCUUUUUCCUGUAGUUCACAAUCAUCUCCUUUGUCUUGAUCACGUUGAGGGAGAGGUUGUUAUCCUGGCCCCACACGACCAGGUCUCUGAACUCCUCCAUAUAGGCUGUCUCAUCGUUGUCGGUGAUCAGGCCUACCACUGUUGUGUUGUUGGCAAACUUAAUGAUGGUGUUGGAGUCGUGCCUGGCCAUGCAGUCAUGGGUGAACAGGGAGUACAGGAGGGGACUGAGCACGCACCCCUGAGGGGCCCCCGUGUUGAGGAUCAGUGUGGCAGAUGUGUUGUUGCCUACCCUUACCACCUGGGGGCGACCGUCAGGAAGUCCAGGAUCCAGUUGCAGAGGGAGGUGUUUAGUCCCAGGGUCCUUAGUGAUUGGCUUGGCAUUGCACGUGGUGAUCUUAGGCUUUUGUGUGGCUGCUCGGUCAUGGAAAUCAAUUUCAUGAAGUUCCCGACUAACAGUUAUUGUGCUGAUGUUGCUUCAAGAGGCAGUUUGUAACUCGGUAGUGAGUGUUGCAACCGAGGACACACGAUUUUAUGCGCUUCAGCGUUCUGUGAGCUUGUGUGACCUACCACUUCGCGGCUAAGUCAUUGUUGCGCCUAGACAAUUCCAUUUUACAAUAACAGCACUUACAGUUGACCGGGGCAGCUCUAGCAGGGCAGAAAUUUGACAAACUGACGCUUGGCAUUCAGGCCAAAGAGUUCAAUCUUGGUUUCAUCAGAUCAGAUAAUCUUGUUUCUCAUGGUCUGAGAGUCCUUUAGGUGCCUUUUGGCAAACUCCAAGCGGGCUGACAUGUGCCUUUUACUGUGGAGUGGCUUCCGUCUGGCCACUCUACCAUAAAGGCCUGAGUGCUGCAGAGAUGGUUAUCCUUCUGGAAGGUUCUCCCAUCUCCACAAAGGAACUAUGGAGCUCUGUCAGAGUGACCAUCGGGUUCUUGGUCACCUCCCUGACCAAGGCCCUUCUCCCCCGAUUGCUCAGUUUGGCCAUGCGGCCAGCUCUAGGAAGAUUCUUGGUGGUUCCAAACUUCUUCCAUUUAAGAAUGAUGGAGGCCACUGUGUUCAUGGAGACCUUCAAUGCUGCAGACAGUUUUUGGGACCCUUCCCAAGAUCUGUGCCUCGACACAAUCCAGUCUCAGAGUUCUACAGACAAUUCCUUCUACCUCAUGGCUUGGUUUUUGCUCUGACAUGCAUUGCAACUGUAUAGACAGGUGUGUGCCUUUCCAAAACAUUUACCACAGGUGGACUACAAUGAAGUUUUAGAAACAUCUCAAGGAUGAUCAAUGGAAACAGGAUGCACCUGAGCUCAAUUUCGAGUCUCAUAGCAAAGGGUCUGAAUACUUAAGUAAAUAAGGUAUCUGUUUUUUAUACAUUUGCAAAAAAAUUCUAAAAACCUGUUUUUGCUUUGUCAUUAUGGGGUAUUGUGUAUAGAUUGAUGAGGGGGAAUUUAAAAAAAAAUCAAUUUAAGAAUAAGUCUGUAACGUAACAAAAUGUGGAAAAAGGGAAGGGAUCUGAAUUCUUUCCGAAUGCACUGUAUGUAGCCAGAGAUUACUGAAGACUUCUAUCUCUGGCACAAUGAUAUGCUCUGUGGCUAGAUUUAUUCAGACUUGAUUGUGGCGCAUCCUAUAGUAUUAAGUCUCCCUCCUCUCAAGAUAUAAAUAAAGUCCCAUCUCCCAGGACAUGCUAGGUGUAUCUUCUGGAGGUGACUAACAUACACAUCCCUCUUUUAUUCCACUUGAAUUCAACAACAUCCACAACCAGUUAAGCAGAGACUGUAUUGCAGUUAGGAUUUGGGGAAAGGCAGUGUUGUGUUAGGAUAAAUUCCAUCAUUAGAUAUGGGAAGAGAGGUACAAAUCUAACAGGAGUGGAGCUCCCAGUGCCUGUUAUAUAAAUCCAUUAUUGUUAUUUUUAGCUUGCUUUAACUGGAGAGUGUAAAGAGGCUCAUUUUAACAUGGCUUGGCUGCCAAGCUUUGUUUACGUUCAGCCACUGGGGAUAAUUUCAGAUCUAGUCAGAUUAAAUGGAUUAGAUUUUUAAGAUGUUCUAUGGUGUUUUCACACUUCGUGGAAGGCCAUGCCUUCACUUUGGGUACAUAUGUGUGCAUCAUUUACGUGGGCAUUUAAACCGAUGACUGAUGACUGCACACAAAAACUCAGGACAGAACUGAAAUGGCAUUUCAGAUUUGCUGAAAUAGAAAUGAACACAACCCUGGUUUAAACUUAACAGUGUGGUACUACUGUGUUAAUAUGUGACUGACCUCUGUCUCUCUCUCUGUGCCUCAGGGCUUAUGAACAGGACCUGACAAAGAGACAUGAGAGAGAGCUGGGGGAGCUGAGUGCUGUUCACCAUAGAGAGACUCAGAUCAUGCUCUCAGACUUCAACAAAGCCCAGGAGCUACUGAGGGACAAGAUCUCUGCCCUCCAGAUACUGUAAGGGCACUGUGUGUGUGUGUGUGUGUGUGUGUGUGUGUGUGUGUGUGUGUGUGUGUGCGUGUGUGCGCGCGCGCGUGUGUGUGUGUGCGCGUGCGCGUGUGAGCAAUCAAAUGCCAGUGAUCUCUCCUCAAAUGUAAUUUUUGUCCGAUGAUGUGUGCAAGAAUGUUAUGCCGCUGUUGAAAUGUUGAUACACAGAUGUACAAUCCUCUCCCGUUGUUCUGCUUACAUACUUAAUGCAGUCUGUGGUGACCUAAUUUAGAUAUCUUUCAAUGUGUGCGCCAUCUAGACGCCACAUAAGGUACUGUGUGGCAUCUAGAUGGCAAUUUUAUACUUUUUAUGGUUAACUAAUGCAGAUUUUUUGUUUUCGUGUGUCACCCUGGUCUAGAUUGGAGGGGACAGAGGAUAAGUUUCGGAACAGAGAGAGUCGUCAUGAGGACCUACAGGUCAUUGCUGAGCUCAAGGACAUGGUGACAGAGCGAGAGGCCCUUGUCAAGAAACUGGUGGUGGGUGGUCAACUCAAGGGCGUAGGUUUCACUUGAACAUUGGGGGGACAAUAAACAUGACUUUAAGUAAAUUUGACUAGGGGAGACAUUGUCAUUGCUACCAUUCAAUUAAUCCCAUUACAAUUGUAUGCAAUUACACAAUUCCAUUUUUGAGAUCUGACACAGUAGAAUUCAGUAGAAAAGUAAUUCUCAGGAAAUGGGUGGUAGUCGGUCAACUAACAAGAAACCUUCCCAGAACAUAAAGUAAUUUCCAUUUGGUUGAGCACUGUUGUCCCUGAACAUUAUUUUUACAUUAUUGUGUUAUUCCACAAGUAGAGUGAAUUUUUGGUCAUUUAAUUUUGUCAACAAUAACUAUUUCACCUAAUUUUAACAUUCUGUCACAAAGAGCACAUGUUCAACUUCAUAACAAACAUGUUUUCCCAUCUCAAGAGGUUAAAUGAAGAACAGGAAAAGUGACUAUUAAAGUGACAGGGUUGACGAUUUCAUCUUAGAUUUCAUCUCCCCUUGUGACAGAGGAAAUAGAAGCUUGUUGUGUGCACUUUUUUGUUGAAAUUGUUAAAACAUUUCUAGCCUAUCUAUCUAUGGGUAACAGCGUUGACGUGUUAUGCUCGAUGGGCUCAGUUUUCCACCACAAAACACCAGAAAAUGGCCAAAAAUAUUUGAACCAGCUCAAUGUCUGUUUUGACAAAAAUUAUAUAUUAAAGGAAUACGAGAGUUCUGUUCACGUUACAGGGUUGACCUUAAAGCUGGAAUCCCAGUGGUUAGAGCGUUGGGACAGUAACCAAAAGGUUGCUUAUUCGAAUCCCUGAGCCGGCAAGGUGGAAAAAUCUGCCAUUCUGCCCUUGAGCAAGGCAGUUAACCCCCACAACAACUGCUCCCCGGGCGCCGAUGACCUGGACGUCGAUUAAGGCAGCCCACCACACCUCUCUGAUUCAGAGGGGUUGGGUUAAAUGCAGAAGACACAUUUCAGUUGAAUGGAUACAGUUGUGCAACUGACUAGGUAUCCCCUUCCCCUAAAUGGUGAAACUGCCACGUCCGUUUGCGAUAUUACAACAACAAACACGUUUUUACCCCUUGGACAUCAUUGUAUCAUCCGCGAUGGAAGAGCACAAUAUGAACAGCAAUUUUUUUUACCAUGCUCCUCAGCUCGGCAACAAAAACAAUAACAACGGUGGUGGCCAGUGGCACUGAUUCCCCUUACUGCCGAUUACAUCUUUAAAUCUGAGUGACAAAUGUCAAUUAAUUAGGAAUCACAUUAUCUUAAGUAAAAAUCUUCAGAAAUUACUUUCCCAAAGCAACAAAGAACUAGGGCUUUACCAAUGAUGGUGAAAUAUUGGGGUUAAGUGGGUUAAAAUCUUCCUAGAAGUUGGAAAAACAUGACCUGGGACAUGCCAACAUUUAGAUUUUCAGUGAAAACACAAUUAAUUUGAAUGAAAACAGAGUUGAGUUAGAGUGUAUGUGCAAAAUGUACACACAUAAUGCCUGAGGGAUAUAAAAGGCACUCUAUAUGUUGGAUUCACGUCUCCAUCUCAACCAAAAAUCUAAGUUAAAGAAUAGGACUAAGCCAGUGGCACAGAUGAAACUGUCCAAGUAGUAGAUACAUCUCCUUCAAAUGUUAAUAUUUGGUUUUGUUGACAACCAAAUACAAUUAGAUAUCACUUUUGCAAUACAGUAAGCCCAGGAUUUAAUUUAUAGCACAGCGCGCUGGACAGCAGACAAUUCGGCUUUUAAAGGCAUUUUCCCUGACAUUCACAGAGAUCGCAUUCACGGUAAAUGCAAUGGAAAUUACCUUUAAAUGUCAAGGGCGCUAUAAUGCGCAUCAGAUUGAGUCCCGGCCUAAAUAGCAGUUAACAAUUAACAUGUUGGAUUUAUGUCUCCAACUCAACCAAAAAUCAAAUGUUAAAGAAUAGGACUACGUGAGUGGUGUAGAUGGAACUAUCCAAUCAGUAGAUACAGUACAUCUCCUUCAAAUGUUGAUAUUUGGUUUGUUGACAACCAAACACAAUUCAGUAUCACUUUUGCAAUACAGUAAGCCCAGGAUUUAAUGUAUAGCCUACUAACUUGAUGACAGGUCAACAAAAAAUGUGUUGGAUUCAUAUCUCCAACUCUAUUAUUAGCUUAAUCCUAUUCUUUAACUUCGAUUUUUGGUUGAGUUAGCACAGAUGGAACUAUCCAAGCAGUAGAUACAUCUACUUGUACAGGUCAUUUGGUUGUGCUAUUAGAUGAAGAACAGUGAUAACGCAUUCAGUUGUUGUAUAAUUAAUAAAAUAUUUUUACAUUUUACAUUUUAGUCAUUUAGCAGACGCUCUUAUCCAGAGCGACUUACUGUGAGGGAAAAAAGUAUUUGAUCCCCUGCUGAUUUUGUACGUUUGCCCACUGACAAAGACAUGAUCAGUCUAUACGUUUAAUGGUAGGUUUAUUUGAACAGAAUAACAACAAAAUAAUCCAGAAAAACGCAUGUCAAAAAUGUUAUAAAUUGAUUUGCAUUUUAAUGAGGGAAAUAAGUAUUUGACCCCUCUGCAAAACAUGACUUAGUACUUGGUGGCAAAACCCUUGUUGGCAAUCACAGAGGUAAGACGUUUCUUGUAGUUGGCCACCAGGUUUGCACACAUCUCAGGAGGGAUUUUGUCCCACUCCCCUUUGCAGAUCUUCUCCAAGUCAUUAAGGUUUCGAGGCUGACGUUUGGCAACUCAAACCUUCAGCUCCCUCCACAGAUUUUCUAUGGGAUUAAAGUCUGGAGACUGGCUAGGCCACUCCAGGACCUUAAUGUGCUGCUUCUUGAGCCACUCCUUUGUUGCCUUGGCCGUGUGUUUUGGGUCAUUGUCAUGCUGGAAUACCCAUCCAUGACCCAUUUUCAAUGCCCUGGCUGAGGGAAGGAGGUUCUCACCCAAGAUUUGACGGUACAUGGCCCCGUCCAUCGUCCCUUUGAUGCGGUGAGGUUGUCCUGUCCCCUUAGCAGAAAAACACCCAGCAAAGCAUAAUGUUUUCACCUCCAUGUUUGACGGUGGGGAUGGUGUUUUUGGGGUCAUAGGCAGGAUUCCUCCUCCUCCAAACACGGCGAGUUGAGUUGAUGCCAAAGAGCUCGAUUUUGGUCUCAUCUGACCACAACACUUUCACCCAGUUCUCCUCUGAAUCAUUCAGAUGUUCAUUGGCAAACUUCAGACGGCCCUGUAUGUGUGCUUUCUUGAGCAGGGGGACCUUGCGGGCGCUGCAGGAUUUCAGUCCUUCACGGCGUAGUGUGUUACCAAUUGUUUUCUUGGUGACUAUGGUCCCAGCUGCCUUGAGAUCAUUGACAAGAUCCUCCUGUGUAGUUCUAAGCUGAUUCCUCACCAUUCUCAUGAUCAUUGCAACUCCACGAGGUGAGAUCUUGCAUGGAACCCCAGGCCGAGGGAGAUUGACAGUUAUUUUGUGUUUCUUCCAUUUGCGAAUAAUCGCACCAACUGUUGUCACCUUCUCACCAAGCUGCUUGGCGGUGGUCUUGUAGCCCAUUCCAGCCUUGUGUAGGUCUACAAUCUUGUCCCUAACAUCCUUGGAGAGCUCUUUGGUCUUGGCCAUGGUGGAGAGUUUGGAAUCUGAUUGAUUGAUUGUUUCUGUGGACAGGUGUCUUUUAUACAAGUAACAAACUGAGAUUAGGAGCACUCCCUUUAAGAGUGUGCUCCUAUUCUCAGCUCGUUACCUGUAUAAAAGACACCUGGGAGCCAGAAAUCUUUCUGAUUGAGAGGGGGUCAAAUACUUAUUUCCCUCAUUAAAAUGCAAAUCAAUUUAGAGCAUUUUUUACAUCUGUUUUUCUGGACUUUUUUUUUUGUUAUUCUGACUCUCACUGUUCAAAUGAACCUACCAUUAAAAUUAUAGACUGAUCAUGUCUUUGUCAGUGGGCAAACGUACAAAAUCAGCAGGGGAUCAAAUACUUUUUUCCCUCACUGUACAGUUAGUGAGUGCAUCCUUUUUCCUUUUUUUUCCUUCUUUUUUUUUCAUAUUGGUCCCCCAUGGGAAUCGAACCCACAACCCUGGUGUUGCAAGCGCCAUGCUCUACCAACUGAGCUACAUCUGACAUUGUUUUCCCAUUUGAACUUUGUUGUGCUUUUAAAUGGUUGAAAGCACAGUGAUAACACAUUUAGGUGACAACUAAACCAUACAUUUACAUUUACAUUUAUAUUUGAGUCAUUUAGCAGACACUCGUAUCCAGAGCGACUUACAGGAGCAGACAUUGUUUUUCCAUUGGAAUUUGGUUGUGCUUUUAGAUGGUUGAAAGCAUAGUGAAAACACAUUGGGAAUUCAAUAAACUUUUUCCUGUUUACUUGAGUGGGUGAAUAACUCAUUGAUCAGCGUCUCAACCAAAUAUUACCCAAUUGUCCACGAUGUCCUGAAAGGCCCUAAAAUGUAUAUACUGUUAUAGUAAACUAUAGCAGUAACUAGGUCCCUGGUUAGAUCACAUGGUCUGGAAAAACUAAUUUCCAUAGUCAUGAAUGCUCCUGAAAUCGUAUAUGACAGAAUCUUUAUAAACCUUUUCUUGGCAGUUCUCACACUCGUUCACUCCCCCACAUGGAUUUAAAAGCAUGGUGUAAGAAAUACAUAUCUAAGUCUUGAGGGAGAGUGAAUGAGUGCACACUUCAUGGAGAAAGGGAGAGAAUUGGACUGCAGCACUAGUUUCUGAACCUACCAGAAACAAUUUGGGAACCAACUAAGGAUAGCGCAAAAGUGUAAGAGGCAUCAACAUGAACCCCCCCAGCUAGCUCCAUCACUUAGCUGGGUUUUUAAGCUUACUAAACAAAUACCCUCUCACUGACACUCAUAAUGGGAGCUUCAAACCGUGAACAAGCACUGACAUUCUUUGAUUGUAUGCCAUGAUUCAUGGAUUUUUAUUAACCCUUGAUUUAUUUCAAUGUGUGGAAUAUCUGAAUUUACACAUCAAACAAAUAGAAAAAUACCCACUCAGCAUUUGUGGCCAAGAUGUGACUAGAGGAUUUCUUGACUAAAGUUUUUGAGUUUGAAUAUCUACCAUCUAGCUACAAAUCAGAUGGUCUUAUUUUAAGUGUUUGCACCUGCUAUAAGGGGAAAAAAUAAACAAAAAAGAAAGCUGAAAUCACGAAAUUCUUUUUAAAUUUAUAUACACUUUACCUUACGAUUUCCUCCUUUUAGUGGAGUUUAUUUUACCUUCUUACAACUUAUAAUGAUUUUACCAACAUUCCCUGUGAAUAAUACAACACAUUGUACUGAUGCAAACACUUAAGGGCCCUAACUCAAUUCAAUCAGUUGCAGGUAAAGGAAAUCCGCACUGAGGGUUAACUCAGAAUGUUAACACUGUAUUUUAAGGACAGGUGUGGCGUGGAUUCCUGUCAAUAGCCAAUGACAUUAUAUGCCAGAGGAACAGCUUUACCAUAAAAUACAGCAUAAACAUUCUAAGUGAACCUACAGUGGGCGUUUCUUUCAUUGACUUAAAUUGGGACCUUGGUAUAUGUGGCUCUGAGUGUGGCCUCAUUCUAUCCGUGUCAGUCCUCUAACUAACAUUUAGAAUGUUAUUUAUUUGGGUAUGAAAUAAUACAACAAGAUGUCCAUUGGAUCCCCACUUCAAAGCAGUAAUUAAAACGCUUGUUUCCAAAGUGGUCCUUGUGUUACAGACAUGAACUGACCAGUCUUUCCUGUUUUGUUUGUAGGACAACAAGAAGUUGUUACAGACAUGAACUGACCAGUCUUUCCUGUUUUUUUUGUAGGACGACAAGAAGUUCUAUCAGCUGGAGCUGGUCAACAGAGAGACUGGCUUCAACAAAGUGUUCAAUGCCAGUCCUAAUGUUGGAGUCAUUAACCCUCUCAUCAAGGUUAGUUAUCCACUGAACACCUGCUCAGGUUAUACUAAUUCAAUUAGAAACACCAAUAUACUGAUCAACUUGAUCAACAAUAUACUGAUUGAAUCUGGUAUGCAUACCAAAAGACAUACAUAAAAUUGUUGUACACAACUGAUCCACAACUGAUACGUUUUUUGCUUUAAGGUUGAUAUUUAAUAGGUACAUAAUAAACAGUCAGGUCCAAAAUUAUUGGCACCAUUGAUAAAAAUGAGCAAAAAAUAGCUAUACUGUAUGUAUAAAAAAAAGGGGGAGGGGGGGGGGGGAAUUAUUUUAUAUAAUUACUUAGAGAAAGAGAGUCAUAUUUUUGUUCUCUCAAAAAGAUAGGGGUCCAAAUUAUUGGCACCCCUGUUUUCAGUACUACGGCACCCUCCCUUUGCAAGGGUAACGGCACUGAGCUUUUUUCUGAAAUGUGACUUGUUUCAGGAAACUAGGCAGAUGUCGCGUGUCACUACUUCACAAGAGAGGCAUUUGAACAUACAGUACCAGUCAAAUGUUUGGACACACCUACUCAUUCAAGGAUUUUUCUUUAUUUUUACUAUUUUCUACAUUGUAUAAUAAUAGUGAAGACAUCAAAACUAUGAAAUAACACAUAUGGAAUCAUGUAGUAACCAAAAAAGUGUUAAACAAAUCAAAAUAGAUUUUAUAUUUGAGAUUCUUCAAAUAGCCAUCCUUUGCCUUGAUGACAGCUUUGUACACUCUUGGCAUUCUCUCAACCAGCUUCAUGAGGAAUGCUUUUCCAACUGUCUUGAAGGAGUUCCCACAUAUGCGGAGCACUUGUUGGCUGCUUUUCCUUCUCUCUGCGGUCCAACUCAUCCCAAACCAUCUCAAUUGGGUUGAGGUCAGGUGAUUGUGGAGGCCAGGUCAUCUGAUGCAGCACUCCAUCACUCUCCUUCUUGGUCAAAUAGGGUCAAAUAGGGCUGGACAUGCCGAGAGAUCAGUUCGGAUUGGUCUGCCAUGUAGCAUGCUUCUGUCUAUAACAUGAGCUGCUCAGUAUGUGUAGGUAAUCCUUUCUAACGCAGCUUUUUUUGAAAGAUAUCACGAAGAACUGCAAAUGUGUUGCCAAAGCUCUCCACUUUCUGGAGGACUGA